AUGCGAGGAAUAGGAGCUGGAAUUGGAAUUGGAGGCAAAAUGAAAAACAAAAGUGAAAAAAAGUACACCCCUGGACCGGUACGACCCGUGUGUCAAGACAGACUAUUGGGAAAGGGCAGUAAGGCACGGCCCAUGACCACGACCCUCCUCAAAGGCGUGGAUGCAGGAAUGGGCAAGGGCCACGGUAUUGCCAUGGGCCCCAGGCAGAUGGGAGAGCAUGGGGGAUUGCCAUGGGCGAGCCAUGAGCCCUGA